ACAAAACGCCCCUCACUCUCCCAUUUCCAACAGAAUCUCACAACUAAAAAAUCUCUCCUUCUCUCUCAAUUUUAAUUCCAGAAAAUACUCACUCAAAAAUGUCAGCAGCGAAAACAAGCUCCAAAAAGCGAGUUGCCGAGUCGUUACUUACCAAAUCGGCAUCCAAAUUCCGAGUCGAGGACGAGUUCGAUCCCGAUUUCUCCAGUGAUAUAAAGGGGAUAAUGUCGGCGUUACAGCAGAUCAGAGAGAAAUCUCAAAAGGACGGUCAAAAGAAGAACGAACAGACGAUUUCUAGUGUGGGCUCUGAGAUCAAGUCUAUGAUUGAUGAAUUGAAGUGUAAAAUAGAGAAGGACAGGCAAACUUUUGCGAAGGCACUCACAAAAAGCUCAAAGGAGUGCGAAAAUUGCUUGAAGAGCGAGACCGCUAAGUUUCAAGAGAUCUAUGACAAAUUUUGCAAGGAGAAAGCAACUCAUUUGCAGGCCCAGAAAGAUACUGUUUCAAGAUUCGAGGAAGACAAGGAAACGCUGUGCAUGAGAUAUGAACAAAUGAGGAAGAAAGAGAAGAGCAUGAUAUCUGAGCAUGAGAAAACCUGUGCCGAUAAAAUUGCUCAAUUGGCGGAGUCAUUGAAAAAGAAAAAGCAGGACGACAAAACUUUCUGCAUUUUGAGGAAAAGCCUUGGCUCGUUCCUGGAAUAUGCCUCAGAUGAGGACUUCCUUCCUGAUGAUUGAAGAUUGCAUUAGUAGAGAUUACUGCAAGCAUUUUACUGUGGAUAGCCAAUUCCUUCCUUCUCCCAAGCCAAUGCAGUACUAUAUGCUUUAACUUUUACAUAUUGCUGCCCCAAGGAAACUCGUAUGCAUUUUCUUCCAGCAUUCUCCUCUUUCAUGUCCCUGUCCCCAUUUAACUUUUACUUAGGUCUACAUUUUUGAUAAUCUACUUAGGUUACUGGUGGAGAAUCUGUUAAUAUCCUUUAGCGAACUACAAGUCUACAAUGGUUAGUAGCCGACAGCUUGAAGUUUCCUAGGACAUUACCUUUUUUUUUUUUUUUUGGCAAGGACAUGACUAGUCCAAUCCUGCAUAUGCAGCUGUUGUCGGUUGUAUGUACCAGCGACAGGCUCUGUCGUACCUAUACUUUUCA